GUUAAUUGCAGAGCUUAUUUAAAAGUGGAAGAAUCGAAAAACCCUCACCACCAAAAUCGAAGAAUCGAAAAACCCUUACCACCAAAAUCGUGAACAUAAUAAUCGGUUCAAAUAGGCUGGAAUCGAGAUGGACGGGUGGGAUUAUAUAGAUGAAGCAGGACCUAGCAGCAUAAACGAGAAGCUUACUAAUGGUUCGAGACCGAUGGAAUUUGAUGAUGAUAUAGACUUCAACUGUUCUGAAUCUGAAGAUGAGGCGGACUGUGCCCUGCAAGAACUGGACAAAAGCUUCCUGAAAGGUUUCUGUAAGAAGGCUUCGAUAGCAUUUUUUGAGCAGUUUGGUUUAAUUAGCCACCAGAUAAAUUCCUAUAAUGACUUUGUCAAGCAUGGGAUCCAAAAAGUCUUUGACUCUGUUGGGGAGAUUACAAUUGAACCUGGAUACGACCCUACUAAAAGGGGAGAUGGUGAGUGGAAGCGCGCAAAACUGAGGUUUGGAAAAGUCACGCUUGAUCACCCGACAUUGUGGACUGGUGAGAAGUUUUCAUCAACUGAUGGUAAAGAGUUUUUGGAGCUUUUGCCGAGGCAUGCUCAUCUUCAGAAUAUGACCUAUUCAUCCAAGAUCAAAGUUGAGACUCAUCUUCAGGUGUAUACAGAAAGUCCAUCUAGAAGUGACAAAUUCAAAACUGGUGUGGAUAUAGUUGUAGAGAAGACAAUACUGAACGAGUAUCAGACUGAUAUUAACUUUGGCAGACUCCCUGUCAUGGUGAAAUCGGACUUGUGCUGGAUGAGUAGACCUGAACCUGAUGGUAAAGAAAGAAGAGAUUGUGAAUUUGAUCAUGGAGGUUACUUUGUUAUCAAGGGGGCUGAGAAGACAUUCAUUGCCCAGGAGCAAAUAUGCCUCAAAAGGUUGUGGGUGGCUAAAGAUCCUACCUGGACCAUUGCAUAUCGUCCAGUUGCGAAAAGGACAAGAGUGUAUAUAAAGUUAGUUCCAAAUGUGGAACAUUUGAAAGCCGGAGACAAGAUCCUUACUGUAUACUUUUACGCCGCAGAGGUUCCUAUUUGGCUCUUGUUCUUUGCUUUGGGUGUUCCAAAUGAUAGAGAGGUGGUCAAGCUGAUUGGUCUGGACACUGAGGAGGACUCUACAAUUCAAAACAUACUCAUGCCAUCAAUACAUGACGCCGAUAAGAAAUUUGAAGGUUUCCGCAAGGCUGGCAAUGCAAUAGGGCAUAUCAUGAAGCUGAUGAAGGGCAGUAAGUUUCCACCUACAGAAUCUUUGGAGGUUUUAAUCCAUACCUAUCUCUUUCCCAACCUUAGGAGCCAGCGGCAGAAAGCUUCUUUUCUUGCGUAUAUGGUCAAGUGCCUGCUGGAUGCCUACAGAGGGCGCCGCAAAGUUGACAACAGAGAUGAUUUUAGGAACAAGAGGGUGGAGUUGGCAGGUGAACUUCUUGAACGAGAACUUUCCGUGCAUAUCAAACAUGCGGAGAGGCGAAUGGUUAAGGCCAUACAGAGAGACCUCUACAAAGAUAGAGAGGUGCAGUCCAUCGACCACUACCUGGAUGCCUCGAUCAUCACUAAUGGUCUUUCCAGAGCCUUUUCAACUGGAGCGUGGGUGCACCCUUUUAAGAGAAUGGAAAGGAUGUCUGGUGUAGUUGCUAAUCUCAGGCGAACAAAUUCAUUGCAGGCAGUCUGUGAUAUGAGAAGAACUCGGCAGCAGGUCUCAUACACAGGCAGGGUUGGUGAUGCUAGAUACCCGCACCCAUCUCACUGGGGUAAGGUUUGCUUUCUCUCUACACCAGAUGGAGAAAAUUGUGGCCUGGUUAAGAAUCUGUCCAGCCUGGGUCUUGUCAGUAAUAAUAUACUGGGACGAGAAAGCAUCCUUAAAAAAUUUCUUGAGUGUGGAAUGGAGAAUUUGGUUGAUGAUGAUUGUUGUUUGCUCGGUGGAAGGCACAAAAUUUUUCUGGAUGGAGAUUGGGUUGGAGUGUGCAAAGAUUCGUCAGCAUUUGUUGCUAAGCUGAGACACAAGCGUCGCAAAAUGGAAGUACCUCAGCAGAUUGAGAUCAAAAGAGAUAAGCAUCAGGAUGAAGUGCGUAUAUUUGCUGAUGCUGGAAGGAUACUGCGCCCUCUCUUUGUAGUCCAGAACUUAAAGAAGAUUAAAGAUUUGAAAGGAGACUUUUUAUUUCAGUCGCUUCUGGAUAAUGGCAUAGUUGAGUUCAUCGGACCAGAGGAGGAAGAAGAUUGUCAAACUGCGUGGGGAAUUGACUACCUGUUCACUGCUGAGUUAGAUAACCCACCUGUGAAGUACACCCACUGCGAGUUUGAUAGUUCAUUCCUUCUAGGUUUAAGCUGUGGGAUAGUUCCUUUUGCCAAUCAUGAUCAUGCUAGGAGAGUUCUUUACCAAUCUGCCAAGCACUCUCAGCAAGCCAUGGGGUACUCAACCACAAACCCCAGCAUUCGAGUUGAUACAAAUUCUCACCAGCUAUACUAUCCCCAAAGGCCUCUUUUCCGAACUAUGCUAUCGGAUUGCCUAGGGAAGUCGAGGUACUCUGAACACCACAAGGGGAUGAUGCCAAGGCCUGAUUUCUUCAACGGCCAGAGUGCUAUUGUGGCUGUCAAUGUCCAUCUUGGAUACAAUCAAGAAGAUUCUCUCGUGAUGAACCGUGCUUCUUUAGAGCGUGGCAUGUUCAGAACUGAACAUGUUAGGAGUUAUAAAGCUGAAGUCGAAAAUUCAGAAGCAGUGGGGAAAAGGGCCAAGACAGAUGAGCUUGUAAGUUUUGGCAAGAUGCAGAGCAAGAUUGGGCGUGUUGACAGCCUUGAUGAUGACGGCUUUCCCUUUAUUGGGGCAAAUCUCCAAACUGGUGACAUAGUCAUCGGUAAGUAUGCUGCUUCGGGGGUCGAUCAUAGCAUCAAGCUCAAGCAUACAGAAAGGGGCAUGGUUCAAAAGGUCGUGCUGUCAGCCAAUGAUGAAGGAAAGAACUUUGCGGUUGUAUCUUUGAGACAGGUUCGUUCUCCAUGCCUAGGGGACAAGUUUUCGAGCAUGCACGGGCAGAAAGGUGUUCUGGGGUUUCUGGAGUCUCAGGAGAACUUUCCUUUUACAGUGGAAGGAAUAGUUCCAGACAUUGUGAUAAACCCACAUGCAUUUCCUUCUCGACAAACGCCUGGACAACUUUUAGAGGCUGCCCUAGGUAAAGGGAUUGCACUUGGUGGUGGACUAAAAUAUGCAACCCCAUUUUCCACUCCUUCUGUAGAAGAUAUAACGUCCCAACUUCACAGGCUCGGGUAUUCCCGUUGGGGAGGGGAAAGAAUGUACGAUGGACGUACAGGUGAAAAAGUUGAAACUCUUAUUUUCAUGGGUCCGACAUUCUACCAGCGUCUCACACAUAUGGCUGAGGACAAGGUGAAGUUCAGGAACACCGGGCCGGUGCACCCUCUUACUCGUCAGCCCGUGGCUGACAGGAAGCGUUUCGGUGGUAUCAAGUUCGGUGAGAUGGAACGAGACUGCCUCAUAGCCCAUGGUGCAGCAGCCAACCUGCACGAGCGGCUGUUCACCCUCAGUGAUUCAUCUCAGAUGCACAUAUGCAGGAAGUGCAAGAAUGUGGCAGGUGUGAUCCAGCGAACAGUGGUUGGUGGUCGGAGGGUCCGCGGGCCCUAUUGUCGAUUCUGUGAGGCUGUUGAAGAUGUGGUGAGAGUGAAUGUGCCUUAUGGUGCUAAGCUGCUCUGCCAGGAGCUCUUCAGCAUGGGGAUUUCGCUCAAAUUUGAGACUGAAUUGUGCUGAUUUCCCGGCUUAUCUCUUCAGACAACUAUGCUCUUAACUUCUUAGCUAUCUAUGUAUGAAAGCAAGUCUAACCUAAUUGCAAAUGCUAAUUUCUUUUGAUAUGCUCAUUUCUCUCUUUUAGUUGUA